AUGAGAUUUUCAUUCAUUGCCAUCUUGGCCCACUUACUUGGUGCUGGCAUUGCCUAUGCCCAUUACUCCUACAACCCAUCAACAACGUUGCGACCAAUUGUCACACAAACUCAAACUCGCAGUAUAGUAUAUGGGUCCGCACCUACUGAGACUCAAUGUGCAGGAAAUACCCCCAAUGACAGAUCUUCCUGGUGCAAUUAUAGCAUCGACACAGACUAUGAAAAUGUCGUCCCGGACACUGGUGUUACGCGUGAAUACUGGUUUGAGGUUAAAGAAGCCAUGCUCUCCCCCGAUGGAUUUGCUACUCCACGUCUAGCCAUGACUAUCAAUGGCACCUUGCCUGGCCCACCUCUUGUUGCAGACUGGGGCGACUGGGUGGUCGUCCACGUUACCAACCAUCUCUACCAGUCAAUGAAUGGAUCGAGCAUUCACUGGCAUGGUAUUCGUCAGAACUACACAAACCCAAAUGAUGGUGUGCCCUCGGUCACGCAGUGUCCUAUUGCCCCCGGCUCGACUAUGACCUACAAAUGGCGAGCUGGUCAGUAUGGAUCCUCGUGGUAUCAUUCUCAUAUCGGUCUACAGGCUUGGGAAGGCGUAUAUGGGCCUAUCGUUAUUAAUGGACCGGCAACUGCAAAUUAUGAUGUGGAUAAGGGCGCAUUGUUCCUGAGUGAUUGGACGCAUGAGACUGUGGAUCAGCUGCACCAAGAUGUCCAACUACGCGGCCCGGUGAAAAAACUGUCAAAUGGACUCAUCAAUGGCAAAAAUAUCUAUGGAAACGGCACGAAUACUACUGGAUCUCCGUUCUACAUGAAAGUAGAAAAAGGCAAAUCCUACCGGUUGCGACUCGUGAACCCUUCUAUCGACACGCAUUGGAAGUUCACUAUCGACAACCACACAAUGACCGUCAUUGCAAUGGAUCUUGUUCCUAUCAAGCCAUUUGUCACAAACGUUAUCAGCCUUGGAAUGGGUCAACGUUAUGAUGUUAUCAUCACAGCCAACCAGGAGUCCGUAGCAGAAUCCUUCUGGAUGAGAGCUAUACCAGCCGACCGAUGUUCACAAAACGAAAUGACCGGCAACAUCCGAGGCAUCGUCUACUACGGCAACAUUCCCAAACAACCGCAAACGCAGUCAUUCCCUUUCACAAACGUAUGUGAAGACGAACUUUUGACGAACCUAGUACCCCACGUCCCCAAAAAUGUCGAUCCACCAGUUUCACCAGUUUGGGAAAGUAAUGUAACAGUCAGCAAUGUCAGGAACGCACAGAAUUUCUUCCGUUGGCGGUUCAACUCCACCUCGAUGAAUGUGAGCUGGGAGAACCCAACUCUGAUACAAAUUUAUCACAACGAGAUAGGCUUCUCUAAUUCAAGCGGCGUGAUCAAGUUGCCUUUCAAGGACAAAUGGGUAUAUCUCUUCAUUCAAAAUACCGCCGUUACUCAUCCCAUCCAUCUUCAUGGUCACGACUUCUCUAUCCUGGCACAAGGACAGCCUGGACCAGGAACGCCACGAUGGGACGGCUCUGUCAUUACACAGAAUCCCCCGCGGCGAGAUACGGCCGUGCUGGCCGCAAAUGGAUGGCUGCUUAUUGCUUUCCAAACUAAUAACCCCGGCGCAUGGUUGAUGCACUGUCAUAUUGGAUGGCAUGUGGACGAGGGUCUGGCGUUACAGUUUAUUGAGCGGCAGGAUGAGAUUCGGGAUCUUGUUGAUUAUACUCCGUUCAAUGAGAACUGUGCUGCGUGGGAUCAUUAUGUCAACGCGAAGAAUAUUGUGCAGGAAGACUCGGGAGUUUGA